UUUUGACGUCUGGUCUGGCUUUGUUGGGCGUAGGCCAAAACAAACGGCUACAGCUUUCAAAAGAUUUUCACCUACAGUGACCUGCGUCCACAAAUUUUUGUGGACUGUUCGAACUUAGAAGGCCUGGACGGUUUUGACCAACGGAUCGAACAGUGAUGGUCUGAAUUUCUCCGACAGCCGUUUCAGGUUCCAAUUCUCUAAACAAGGCGGAACGGUUUAAUAAAUAUGACGAGCACCAACGGCAAAGACUUCCCUCGGGCUUCCGAUGCAAUGGUGUUUGGAGGCAUACUGGCGUACAUCGCUGGUAUGCUUCUACUCAUCUCAUUUGCGAGCCCCUACUGGGUAGAGUCUUACGAUGGUACAUUCAGCAACUUCAAGCAUAUGGGCUUGUGGGAAUAUUGCUUUGAACGGUUCCGAUUUCCUUAUUAUCCUUUCAACAAGAUCUUUUCUGGAUGCCAUUAUAUUUACAGCUUUGAAUUUUACAUCAUUAGAGAAUGGCUUGUUCCAGGAUGGCUUAUGGUGAUUCAAACUUUUGUCACUCUGGCUUUUAUCGCAUCGUUCAGUUCUUUGUUAAUAAUAGCCUUGGUCGUCACAAGAUACCCGUUAAAAUUUAUACUGAAAUAUGAGUGGCUUCUAACAGGGAUCGUUUUUAUGUGUAAUGCAAUAAGCGCUGUUUGGUUAUUUUUGACGGUGAUAAUCUUCUGGACCCAGUCUUCUAGAAGGGAUUGGCUCAUGUAUCCGAAUUUCAACCAUUUGUCUUGGUCCUACUACUUCUGUGGCGUUUCCUUUGUGUUUCACACACUUGCUGCCAUCACACUUUACAAAGAUGCAAGAAAGUCAUGGGACACGAGGGAGGAGAAACGUAAUUUGGUGAUGGAAAUGUAUCCACCACAAGACCAUCACAAUGGUUUUAUUUAAGAAUUGGGGGCGAUGUCAUAUAAGAGUUAAUUUUUUUUUUCUUUUUUAAUUCCAUGCCAAACCUAGUGGUACAAUAAUGUUAACAGUGUAAUCAAAUAUUUAUAACUAGAGAUUAUAGAUUUUUACUUAAACGUAGAAUAAUUGCUGAAAAAGCACUGCAAUUGAUUUAAUUUGCACUUAAAAACUGCACAAGGGUAAAAUAUAAAAUGUAUUGAAAUUUUUUUUAAAGAAUUCUCAACGUCGCUGUUUAGAUUAAGAUACUUAAAUUAUAAAUGACUGGAUCUGACAUAUCAAUCAAAUCUUAUUCCCGCCAACAAAUAGCUUAUUUUCCUAUUACAAUAGAUCAGACGCUAAAUAAAAUUUAAUUGAAAGAUAGAGUUUAAAAUAUUAAAGGGCUUGUAAUAUGUGCCUUGAAAUAUAUUAUUUCCAGUGGCUCAGCUUAAAAUUAACGAGCUUGACACUAAAUCGUAAAUUAAUAAAAUCUCGAUAUAUUAUGAAAUAAUGACAUAUCAUAGCAGUUCUAUUGGUUAUACGAGCUUGGUGAUAAUAACCAAAUAGGAAAUAAUUGUUGAGACGCUAGAUAAUUGUUAUAUAUAUAGUACAAAAAGAAAUUAUGUUGGCAACUUCAAAGUAUUAUCUAUCUUAUUGUAACAAAUUCCAUCCAUCUUUAAGGACUGAGUUUGAAGAGUGUGAUUCUUUAUCGAUUGAUUUGAUUAUUUAUAUUGUAAUUAUAUUUAAAUUUUGUUGGGUUGAAAAUUUGGUUUUCGAUUGUUUCUUUAAAGAGAUUUAAAAUAUUUUACCAAUUGUAUUCGCCCUGUUCCAUCUGGCAACCUAAUUUCAGUAAAAUUAUUUAAAAAAAUAUAUUUUAACAAUAUAUAACAUGUAUAAUAUGUAAUCUCAAUACUCUAAAUGUUAUAGUAGGGUUAAUAUAUUUUAGCUUUCAGCAAGGGUUAAACUUUUGAGUUUAGUUCAAAGUAAAAAAAAAAACAACUUUUGAGUUAAUAUUUUAAGUUUCAGAACCUGGAUGGAACAGGACAAGGAAUCUGUGGGUUGGUGAAAUUAAACUACAUUUAUAAUAAGUUAAUAUUAGCAAA